AUGCAUGCUGAGGCCGCUCCAGCGGAGUGCAACAACACUAAACUCGGUGACUGCCUCUGUGCCUCCUGUCAGCCGGCCUUGAAUGUCGACGGACGGGAGGGAGGAAAGCGUCCCCUACUGGCGCGGGCGGCUGGCACGUUGGCGCACCUCUUGUUCCGCUUUUGGCCUCUCCGCCUCUUCAUCUGUCUGCUCGGCCUCGUCGCCAUGAUUACC